ACAUCAGAGAGUAACUCUGUGGAUAACACCAGCACAAAGACUUGUGUAUACGUCACAGCCAGGUACAUCUGACAAUUUGAUAUUCUUACAUUUGAUGCAAUACUUUAGUAAAAGUACACUUAAUCAUGGAGGGCAGCUGCACUUAGACAAUGACUGGCUUUUCUUAGUCAACAAUCUUCACAAUGGCCACCAUUCAGGGCAGUGCCGUCAGGGCUGGCUUUUCUAUUGUGUCUCUUGUGUAUGUUGUUUGUUAUCCGAGCAGCAGGCUGAAUUUGGAUCCAGAGCACAAAGAUGAUGGAUAGUGAGUGGAUGAGUUUGUCUCUUUGGACACCAAGUCAGGAGUGAUUUACAACUCUGGAUUGAUUUCUUCCAUUAGUAAAGCUCGUCAGCAUCUGUGGUAUCAAACCAGAGGCCUUAAAUAACCAGACCAGAAAAAAGAAAGGGGCUCAGGAAGUGAGUUCAGAUCAUCUCAAGAGUCUGACUGCAGCAGCUGUCUCCAUCUCUCCACCAAGAUCUCCAAAUAAGAGUACUUCAAAGCACCAUGGAAGGCACAGGAACUUCUCUCUGGCUGUUUCUUCUUCUCAGCCAGCAGCUGUUCUGUCCUACUGACCUUUCAACCACGCAGCCAUAUUCGUCCAAAACAGAAGCUCAAGGUAGCAGCUCAGCCCCUGUCCUCACUACCAUUAACCACACAAUCUAUCCUGAUACAGACACCAAUAGCACUCGUGCCGACUGCUUGAUCGACACUGAGAUGGGUCUGAUUGCUAUAGGCUCAGCAGGGGGGCUGAUUGUCUGCCUGCUGGUUGCCACCAUGGUAUUGGCAUGCCAAGUUUGCCACAUUCACCGCCGGGUUAAUGCCCCCCGAACCUCCCGGUCCAACAUGGACUUGGUGAGCAGUGCGGGCUACUGGGGCAGUGACCGGCCGGAGGUCCAGGGACUGGUUGGGCCGUGUGAUGCCAGUGUCAUGCUUGAGGAGGUGAGAGCAGACAAGAUGGAGGAAGAGAGGCCGGCUGAAAUACGAGAGGCAAGAGAGGAGGCUGGGGCAGGACUUGAGGAAGCGGCCACGGCAAUGGCUUUUGAUCUUGAAGAGAAGGCCUGUCAGAUGAAGAGCUCCAGCUCCAGGGACUACUGUCUGGAGGUUCCCAAGGAUCUAGAGGACAUGCCCCUUGUUGUGUGAGAUGGUAACCACACCUUGGCAAACUCCAGGCCUAGAUACUUCACUUAAGACAAACAGCAACCAGACAGUUCAGCUGAUGUGUUGUGGUUCAACUCACAGGUUUCAUUUAUUGUUUUUUUCCAGAAUAUCUGACCUCACAGAAUUGAACUAAAACCUAAGUAAAAUGAAUGGGCUGCCUGGGCAUCGUCUGAGAUGUUCAAUUCUAGUGCGGAUACAAUACCUGAGUUUCCAUAACCAUACCAAAAAGGAUAGUUUUCAAAACUUUAAUUUAAGAAAUAUAAAUACAUUUUUUAAACAUAGUCGUCUGAGAAAUUUGGCUUCUUGUCUUGAGUGCCAAACAUUAUGUAUCUAGUAAUAUAUAGCCUAAAUUUGGCAAAAUGCCUUUAAUAAGGAACUAUCUGAUUAAAGCAUAAGUAAACAAGUUUACAAAUCUGACAAUGCAUUCAAUGUCAGUUUUGGUUCUGAACAGUUUUGGAUAGACAUUAUUGUGGUUCAAUACCCAGUCCUAGUAAUGCAUUUAACUUUUGAUGUAUGAUGCUACCAGUGGAAUUUCUUCUACACCAUUAAGCAAAGUACAUACAAAUACUCUGUUUACAAUUACAAAUAUGUGAGUUGAAAAAAUGACAAUAUUGUGAUAAGAAUAGUGCUACUGCCUGUACAACUCCACCUUACAGUUCCUGGCCAAGUCUUUGGUCAAGAGCAAUACUGGAAAGAGGUUUUCUUUGCCAACUUACGGUAUGAAAAAAGAAAUGAAUAGUUUGUUAGAAUUAGCUAAGUAAUGGGAAUGGUAAUGGACAGUACUUGUCCAGCGCCUCUAGUCUUCCGACCACUCAAAUGCUUUACAAUACAUGUCACAUUCACACACAUUCAUAUACUGAUGGCAGAUGCUAAGGAGCCAACUGCUCAUCAGAAAGAAAAUAAUCAUUCUCACACUGAGGGGACAGCCUUCAGGAGCAUUUUUGAAUUCAGUAUCUUGUGAACUGGAGGAGCCGGGGAUCAAGCCACCGGUCUUCUGAUUAGUGGAUGACCUGCUCUACCUCCUAAACCACAGCCACCCCCAGACACAUCUCUGUUAAACAUCUUACAUGCAACAUUUUUUAUUUUUUUUACACACUUGCUUAACAAAUUCAACAAUUUAAUUCAACAAUUGAUUUGGCUGAUUUUUCUUGUUUUACAACACAACACAGUGGACACAAUAAUAAAAGCAACAGACAAAAAGGUAGACCAACAACAUGUAAAUCAGAUCUCUGAUCUCUUAUAUCUUACACCAGGGAUCUCAUGUGCUGUCAAAGCCAUGUUGAAAUGAUGGUCAGAAAUUUGGGUAUAAUGUCUGCUAACAGUCCUUGUAUUAAUACAUCUCUAUUGAACUUUGCUUUAGCUGCCUAUGAUCUCUUACCUGUACUGCAGACUUUCUAAUACUGAUAAUGAUUAAAUCAUUUUUUUAAUAAAUUGUUUUUUUGCAUUGUGUCCACGUCUUGUCUUUCAAAUCAGUAUUUAUAUUUCAAGUCACUAUCCCUACAUUUCUAUUGGCUUCUUUAGGGACUUUAGAGUUACAAAAAAAGCAUUGAAGCAUAAUUGUAAGUAAUUAAUAGCCAGAUGAUAUAUACAGAAUUCUAGGUGUGGUAAGCAGUUGCAAAGAAAUACAGUUGAGAAGGCUAAACGGGUGCUUCUCUGGCCAUCUUUAUUGUCAUUGCAUGCGUUCAUACAAUGAAAUUCUGUUGGAGUAAUUUCAUCUCUAAUUAUUGUUGUUAUUGACUGUGGUUGUGGCUGAAUUAGAUUGAGGUCAGCAGGGACAAUGCACAUUAUAAUACAUAAAUAAAUUUAUAAUGCCAGAAUUAACCAAAAGGCUAUUUUAAACCCGCUGUGCCUGGACAGGUGGUAAUAUGUCACCCUAAAAAGACAAAAGGAUUACUCUAUAAAUAAUACACACAUUAAAGCAAAACCAUAAACACAAGAACAGUGGGUCAACAUCAACAGCAGCACACACAGACACACAAGCCGAACUGUCAGACCUUAUUACAAACAAGGUACAAUAGCCACAACACUCACUGUCAACUUUAUCACUGUCUCACUACGAGCAGCUUAUUUUCAUGUGAUCUCACUGUACUUUCUCCCAGGCAAGUUCAGUACAGAGUUGGGCUGAUCAAUUUUGGAAAAUAAUCUAAUGCGAUUUUUUUUAAUUUUUUUUACCAAUAUUGCGAUUUAAUAUGCCAUUAUAUUUUAAGCUCUUUACCUACUAUAUUAUUCAAAACGGACAAGCAGUAAAUCAGUGUGUAGUCUGACCAACACAAUGUUAGAUAGAUUAAACAAACACUUUCUUGUGAGUCAGGCCUGU